UCCGCAGGGCGGGCUGCUCGCUGCCGCCGCCGCUGCCGCCGGGCUGCCCCUCCGCGCAUCCCGGGCACUUCUUCCCCUCGUUCUCCGGCGGGCUCGACCCAGACCCGCACCCAGCUCCGGGCCCGGACCGGUACCUGCCGGCGGCGCUGGCCGCUCUGCCAGGUCGUUCGGCGGACCCUGCGGUCGCCAUCUUCCCUGGUGAGUCUUCUCUCAAAACAAACCCCGCCCUGCUGCCGCCGCCGAAACCGAGCGCUCCUGGCUGCGGCCCGCGGGGGCGGGGUUUGCUGUCAGGCCACGCCCACCUUCUGUACGUCAGCUGUGUGGCGUUCACGGUCUCCCAGUGUGGCGUUCACGGCCCCUGCAGGUCCUACAGGAGGACCUCGUGGGAGAGCGGGUCAGCUUCGGACCGGACCGGUUCUGGUUCUGUUCAUGGAACCGGCUCGUGGAGGGAUAACCGUCAGAACUGCUGGACGUCACGCUCCGCCUUCCCGCCUUCCACACCGUUUGAGUUUCCGGUCGUUAGGUGGCGGCAAAGUGCUGUAAAAACCGGAAAUACAUGUGACGUCGAAGAAGAAGAAGACGAGGAAAAACAACAAUGGCGACGCCCAGAGAGAAGAGUUAAAGAGGACAGACAGGUGAGCAGACAGACUGAAGACAGACAGUUCUGGAUGCAGGGCAGCAGGCCUGUGGUGGAGGUGGUCCGUCUGGGCCUGGUCUCCUACCAGGAAGCUUUGCGGCUGCAGCAGGUCUAUGUGAACCGGCACCGGGCCGGUCCAGCUCACGCUCUGCUGCUGUGUGAGCACCCGCCGGUCUUUACCACCGGGAUCCGCCACAAGCCUUACCCCGCCGCCAUGCUGGACCGCCUCCGCCUGCUGGGGGCCGACGUCCAGCGCACUAACCGCGGAGGACUCAUCACCUUCCACGGGCCGGGACAGCUGGUCUGCUACCCGGUCCUGAACCUGAGCGACUUCAAGAAGAGUGUCCGAUGGUAUGUCUGUGAGCUGGAGAAGACCAUCAUCUCCGCCUGCAGGCGGUUCGGGAUCGAGGCGUCAACAUCUCCUCACACUGGAGUUUGGGUCGGAGACAACAAGAUCUGUGCCAUCGGAAUCCACUGCGGUCGGUACGUCACGUCUCACGGCUUGGCUCUGAACUGUAACACGGACAUGUCGUGGUUCGGACACAUCGUCCCGUGCGGUAUCGAAGGUAAAGGAGUGACGUCACUGAGUGCUGAGCUGCAGAGAGACGUUAGCGUGGAGGAAACCAUCCCUCACCUGCUGGACGCCUUCAGAGACCAGUUCAACUGUCAGCUGACGGAUGGACAAACACCUGAAACUGAUCAGGACACAGCGCAGCAUCAUCAGCGUAGAGACUGACUUUAUACAUGAAAACAUGACAGAGUUUCAGUUUGAACUGUUGAGGAUAUUCUCUGAGUCCAGAUCAGACGGAGGUCCAGGACCUUCAGAUUUACAGGUUACCUUUGAACGCAGUGCUGAACUCGUCCUUUGGACCUUCAGUGUUCCUGGUAAACGUUACGGGUCGAGCUUUUCAUGAAUGUGUAGUCACCUUAAAACCUGCCAUGUUUCUACAGAAGCACCAGAUGACACUGCAUCAUACACACCUUCAAGAGGUGAAUUAAGGGUCCAGUACACCUGACGUUAAGGUUUUUUUUAAUAUUAAAAACCUCUUAAACUGAACCAAAACAUCACAAACAUAUCUCAUUAUAUCUUUACUGAAUAUUUACUUCAUGAAUAUGUGAAUUAAUAGUAUGUUAAGGAGUUUAACAAUAAUGAGAACUACUGAAACUGCAAAGCCUCGUUUAUAUUCUUGUUUCUUCAUUAAACAUCAAUGAAGUCCU